AUGGCCCCGAAAGCCCUCAUCCAGAAUCUUCGCGCACUCGCCCAAUACCUCGACUCAGAACCUCACAAGUGGCACGGACAGUCGAAGGAGCAAAGGAAGAGAGAUUUUGUGCAAGCAUCGUUCGCUUUUCUGGAGAUUCUCGAGCAGCACCCGAAGUAUGAUAAGACCAGCCGGCUUGGGAAGCCCAUCGCCACCUGGGUCAAUUGGCUGAAGCACAACAAGGACGCCAAGCAGUCCCCCGAGAUGGUGAACCUUGAGCACUUCGGCCUUAGGCCUUUCAAGGACGCGAUUCCUCUCGUCAUUCCCCUUCUAUCCAAAGGAAACAAUGACUCUGUGUCCAAUAACGCGGCAUCCGGCACCAUUCAACCCGCCCAAUCCAACGAGAUCCCAUCUCUUGCUCCCCCCAAGAAAUCAUCUGUCUCGAAGACCGCGAAGCGCGCGACGCCCACCACCGAUUCCAUGGACGUUGAUCGAGAUGACGUCGGAAAGACUGUCGAUAAACCCCGCCGGGCCAGGUCCAUCAACCAGGCCAACGUCUCGGAUCACCGCAAGGAGGUUCUUGUCGGCAACGAGGACGAUUGGAACUCUAAACUCGACAGUGACGCCAGUUAUCGUGCUCCCUCCGACGAGGAGUCUUCCGCCGAGUCGGAAGUACCCAAACGACCUCGCAAUCUCAACAGCAAAGAAGACGCCAAGUCGACGAAAAUCAAUCUCGCCAAGGAGCCCACGACUGCGCCCGCUAACAAGCGCCGCACCGACGAUGUUGGUCAAGGAGAAAACCCAGCCAAGAAGUUGAAGACGUCGAAGACAGGCGAUACCGUCACCGAAGCGAGCCCUCCUUGCGAGCAGUGCCACGUAUCCAAAUCCGCGUGCCUCAUCCCCAAACCCAACGUAGCGUGCAGGGCGUGCAAGGGGAAGCGCCUUAGCUGUAGCUUCAGUCGAAAAUCCAAGAAGCGUGAAAGUCUAGCUCAGGAUGCCAAUGGCGCGGCAACCGAUUCUGAGAAGGGAACCCCAGCACCGAGUCGAGAGGUAGAAGACCAAGCAAUUCCAAAAGAUAGCAACCUACGCACCGCCAAGAAUAGAUUCAAGGAUACUCGAAGGGCGUCUGCCCCAACGUCAAGAGACGAGCACUCCAAUGUGGCUCCUGGCGAUGGCACCCCUAGCACUGGAGGUGGUACAUUCCAGUUCACCCCAGCUCCCUCGGCGUCUGCUCCAGUUCAACCCAAGCCGCUGGCCACCACCACGAAGAAUACGAAAUCAUUGAUUGCCAAGGCAGACGGAGGGCUUCUCUCUGUCAAACCUGCGUCCCCCACCGAGAUUCCGUGGGGCUCCAUUGACCUUGCGAUAUCCCGCCUCGUCCUCCAAAAUGCUCAUCAGCAACAUGUCAUCAACGAACUCUCCGCCACCGUCACAAUCCUCUUGGAGGAUGCCAAGACUCACCAAGAACUCUUCUCGGACACCCUACGUUUCAAGAGCUUGGUCGAAGACAAUGAACGACAACUCGAGGGUGCCCAGAACGAAAUCAAGCUUCUUCGCCAGGACGUCAACGAAGCACUCUUGCCUAUCAAACGUGAGCUCGCCGACAACUCAAAGCGCAUCAACGAUCUCAAUCGCAGCGUCGGAUGUCUGAUGGAGUGGAUGGGACACCAGAUGAAGAAGGAAUUUGGAGACCCUCCAACUCUGCCUCAGGUUGCUCGAAAUGACCCAAACCGUGUGGCUGAGCCCAUCGAAUCCAUCAACCCGGCACGGUUGAUGAUUAGGCCUGGUCCCUUGGCAGCAUCGUCCACGACUACGUCGUCUCACUCUUCCGAGGAGUCAAAUAAUGCGUCCUCGUCAGGUUCCUCGUCCAACUCCAUCUCCGCACCUGUCGCCGUCCCCACCCUUAACCUUGCCGAGCAUGCUGAAGGGAUCAUGCAAGUUAUGCAAGUAAUUUCUGAUAACAUGUCUCCACCAGGGUCCAGCAACGGCAGCGGUGGUCGUCCCCGGGAUCCCCACACUGCCGAGGUGGAGGAGUUGCUGCUUCUGAACAACAAUUAG